UUUUUGUUAAAAUUAAUGACGAAAUUGGACAACAUCGGUUCAUGAACCCUCCAAAGAAAAUUUACAUUGCCCAAAUAGACAACGCACAAACACAAAAACACCACACUGUCUCCAUCUUUCUUUCCUCUUCUUCAACAUCUCUCUUCUCCCAAGAAAAUAAAACACAAUUUCCCAGAUUCAAAACUUCUUUUUCACAAAUCACAACGUCUUCAAAGGGAUCAAGAAUCUUAUUACUCUUCUCUUCUUUUGCUUUUAAGAAGAAGUAAAAACAUCAUCUUAACUUUCACUUUUUGUAUUAUCUUUCUCUUUCACUCACUUUAAAGUCUAUUUAGAGAUUCAAAAACAAAAUCUUCCAGAAACUGCUUCUGAUCUUAGAAGAUGACUCACUUCUCCUAAAAAGCACCAAUUUCAAUCCUAUUUUUUUCUCUUGUUUUCCGGCAAGAUUUGGUAAAAUUUUGUGUUCUGAUUUGUUGUUUUGAAUAUCAACUAUGGAACAACGGAAGAAAGGUUGUAAGAUCAGGAAGAGAGGUGGUUCUUCCUCUUCUUCUUCUUCACUUGCUCGUCGAAACCGCUUCAAACGUGCAAUUUUCGCCGGGAAAAGAGCCGCUCAAGACGACGGUGGCUCAGGAACUCCUGUUAAGUCCAUCACCGCCGCUAAAACUCCAGUUCUGUUAUCGUUUUCGCCGGAAAAUCUUCCUAUAGAUCAUCAUCAAUUGCAGAAAAGCUGCGUGUCGGCGAGAAAGCUAGCUGCGACGCUGUGGGAAAUCAACGACGACGCAGACCCUCCGGUAAAUUCUGAUAAAGAUUGCUUGAGAAGCAAGAAACCAUCGAGAUACAGAGCGAAGAAAUCAACAGAGUUCUCUUCCAUUGAUUUCCCGCCACGAUCAUCCGAUCCGAUUUCUCGUCUAAGCUCAGAGAGAAUCGAUCUCUGUGACGAUAUGAUUCGUAGAAGAUCAACAAAUCCUCAGAAAUUAAACCCAAUUGAAUACAAAAUCAUUGGCGCAAACUCGGUGAAAACUCGUUUCAAGAAUGUCAGUGACGGAUUAACAACGUCUAAAGAACUGGUAAAGGUAUUAAAAAGGAUCGGUGAGCUCGGAGAUGAUCACAAGACAGCAAGCAAUCGUUUGAUCUCUGCUUUGUUAUGUGAACUAGACAGAGCAAGAUCUUCACUAAAGCAUCUAAUGAGUGAAUUAGAUGAAGAGGAAGAGGAGAAGCGGAGGUUGAUAGAGAGUCUACAAGAAGAGGCGAUGGUUGAGAGAAAACUCCGGCGAAGAACAGAGAAGAUGAAUAGAAGAUUAGGGAGAGAGCUCACGGAGGCUAAAGAAACAGAGAGGAAGAUGAAGGAGGAGAUGAAAAGAGAGAAGAGAGCUAAAGAUGUUCUUGAAGAGGUUUGUGAUGAGCUAACUAAAGGAAUCGGAGAUGAUAAGAAGGAGAUGGAGAAAGAGAGAGAGAUGAUGCAUAUAGCUGAUGUUUUGAGGGAAGAGAGAGUUCAAAUGAAGCUUACGGAGGCGAAGUUUGAGUUCGAAGAUAAAUACGCCGCCGUGGAGCGGCUGAAGAAGGAGCUCCGGCGGGUUUUGGAUGGUGAAGAAGGAAAAGGGUCGUCGGAGAUUCGUAGGAUUUUGGAGGUGAUUGAUGGUUCUGGUUCUGAUGAUGAUGAGGAGAGUGAUCUUAAGUCCAUUGAGUUGAACAUGGAGAGUGGUAGUAAAUGGGGUUAUGUUGAUAGCCUGAAAGAUCGUCGGAGAUUUGAUGGCUCCGGCGGCGAUGAUGAUGAUGAUGAUCCGGUGGAGAAGAGAUCAGUGAUUGUUGAGAAUGGUGAGAGAGAUGAGUCUUUGAAGACUUUGAGAGAUUACAUUGUUUCAAAUGUUAGAUGUAUUGGUCCUUCAUCGUCAGAGCAGUGGAAUCAUCGGAAUUUACCAAGCUCUGAGUUUGUGUAAUCACCACCGCUAGCGCCGGCGAGGAAGAAAAAGAAAUCAUUUUUUUUUAUAGUAUAUAAUAUUUCAGUAUUUGUAAUUUAUUCAAUUUAAUUUGAAAUACAAAAUCAAUUACGGAAUAUUUUUUGCCGGUAUAUCACAUUUUUUCGUCUACAAUGGUUU